AUGGAUGUCCUAGAAAUGAGACAUCCUCUACAUGGGAGCACCUUAUCAGCCAUAAUGUCGUUGCACGAGACAAAGUUUAAGGCUGUCUAUGUAUCAACUAUCCUCGAUCAAGAUCGCAACGGAAGCGUUCAGGAGACAGUAGAACAGCCUGGACAUUCUGCGAAUGCGGUUACAGUACGACAACGGCUAAAUGAGGAGAUAGGCGAGGACAAUGCACAAGAAAUUGCUACGACGUCCUUCCAGCAACGCGAAAUGAACCAGGCGACACCUAUUUUUACUCCUAUUUCACAGAUGCACAUUGCGCAAAGGACUCGGGCACGUAUUGCUGCAAGGCGCAGUUCCGGAGCUGAACGCAAUCGUGUCCGCCGCAGCCAGGAAACUCCAGAGGCACGGCAUCAACGCCUCGCCGAAAUGCGAGAGCGCUAUUGUCGUCGUCGUCGUCAGCCACAUUCUGAGGAGAGGGGCGAAGAAGAUCUAAUGCAGGAAAUGCACAGUGCUCAGAGAAGUCGAGCCGUUAUCGCCGCAACUAUUACUUCCGCAGCUGUAGAUAACCGCCUCCGCCAUGGCCAAGAAGCACCAGAGACAGAAGAGGAACUUCUUGCAGCGACGCAUGUGAGUUACCUCAUUGUAGCCAACAUCACGUCAAAGGAUGCGUUUAGGAGACUAGAGCACUCUACACAACAUGCAAAUGCUGCUACAAUACGUCAACGACGAUCUGAGGAGAUAGGCGAAAGCACACAUUAUAAUGCUACCAUUGCAUCCCAGCAACGUGAAUUUGACGAGCCGACACUCACCGCCAUUCCCAUCUUACAGAUGCGCAAGACUCAGGCCCGUAUUGCUGCAAGGCGCAGUUCCGCGGCUGAGCGUGAUCGUCUUAGCCGCAUCCGUGAGACACCAGAGGCGCGAGUAAAUCGUCUUGCCACAAUGCGUGAACGCAACCGUGACCAUCGCCAACGUCCAUCACCUAACGCUGUUCCUGAAGUGCCGCCUGUCAAUGAACAUCACCUCGGUGAAAUGAAUGUCACUUGUAUUCACUGUGGAGCUGCAUUCUUUUCCGCCGAAAUCCCUCACAGUCGUGACAUGAUCAACACCUGCUGCAACUUUGGCAACAUCGUUCUGGAAGACAAAUUCGCCGACUUUCCCGCCGAUGCAUGACC